AUGGGCGCGCUCUUGCCGCCGCUGACGGUACCCGAGAAGAAAGCUCGCGACAAGCAGCGCAAGCGUGACCAGGCGAAGCGCCGAAAAGCCAUCGAGCUGGAGGUCGUGCGUGCAGCCGAAUCGCGAGCCAAGCAAGCCGACGCCUCGAAGCGCUGGCACCGCGACGUCAACCGCGACGAAGAGCUGCAAAUCCGCCGGUACGAGCUCGAUGCGAUCAACCCCCACGACGAGCACCCGGCGAGCGCCGGGUACGACUUUGUUCCGCGACGCUUUACCUCUCUUGCCCAGGACGUGGGCAACUACUCGCCUAUCUUUUUCGGCUACUCGCUCGCGCGAGGCGGUCGCCAAGACGUCUUUGGCGCCCCCACGGGCUACGACGACCACUUGAAGCACAAACCGCACCCUGCGUUUCUCGGCUACGCCAUGUCGCGCCAUGCAUCCGAGAUCAUUUCGCCAAUCUUUCUCAAUCUCGACUUUUGCAAGCGCAGAGUCGGAAUCGAAGCGAUCGAAGACGAGCUUUCUGCGCUGCAAAAGCAGUCGAACAUCGACAAGCGUCAAGAGCGCGCCGAGUUGCAAGCUCUGUUGGACGCCCGCUUCGACACGCCCUCCGAGUGCCUCGUGUGCGAGUCGUCCCAGAUUCCCGGGUGUCCCGGGUGCUGGGUCCCGUCGUCUGACUUUUUCGAUCGCGCCUACCGCCGAAACAACCCUCUGGAGCAUCCAAGCGACGAAAUAGCCGAAGACAAGACUCCUCACGGGUGGGCGCAUUACUACGAAGCGCCGUCGCCGCGUCAAGAGGCCAAGGCGCGUGAGGACGAGUACAUGGACGGGCUCCUCUUCGAUGUGUGGGCGAUUCGCAAGCACCGAGAAAAGGUCCAAACGUUCAUUUCACUCGUCAUCAAGAGCAUUCCGGCGGGCAGCGCCGUCCAACUGCGUAUCGACCCGAGAGAGACGAUCCAGUAUCUCUAUGACCAGUACCGCGCCAAUGUUGACAGCGUCGACCGCCAACUCUAUUUGCUUUUGCCCACCAGUCAAGGGCUCUUCUACCUUGAUGCGACGAUCGAAGCGGGGUCCGAAGUCGCGCUGGGCGUCAAUAACGGCACGCUCAGGCUGGAGGAUUUCCAGUUGCGAUAUAUUCGCACUGCCACUGGCCCGUACGUGCUCUUGUCUGUCGCGCUCUUGCACCGCGAGACGACACCCCUCAUGCUCGCACACUAUGUCAAGCACAACUUUACGGUGGACGGGCCGCUGAACCUGCAGCUCCGGUACUUUGCCAACCAAGUCCCAAAAGACGUCCAGAACGACGCGCUACAGGCCGCGAUGACGCGCAAAGCAAGCCUUCUCGUCGCGUCGGCCACGGAAAAUCAACUGAUGAGCCGUCAUUACGAGCAGCAAGCGCUCCAACUCAGCGUCAAGAAAGCAUUUCACGAGCGUAUGGACAGCGCGAUUGAGCUACAUCGAAACAACAAGGCGCGGCCGCGGACGAAGAAGGAGAUCCGCGCAUGGGCCUACUACUCGUUUGCGAUUGCGGAGCCCCGGUCCGACGCGCGCCUUCAAAAGCUCUGGCAAUGCUACCACAAAUUUGACGAACUCAAACUCACAAAACGUGGCAAGCUUCUCGACUCAGCCGCGUCCGACGACAUGUGCGAGCUGCUCUCUUUGCAUCGGACGGCCACGAUUCAAACCUUCGACUUGCUCGUCGACAAGGCCCACCGCCCGGUGCUGCCACCGGUCGUUGCUGUCGGCCCCAAGUUUGGCGUGCCGAUCGCGACACGACUCGGCAUCACCGCCAAGGAGGACCGCGAGUUUGGCUCGGAGCUCGACAUCAUCAUUCCCGAAGAGAACGACGACGAGACCCUAGCGCCGGUGCGUCGCAAGCAGCACUUGACGCUGGAUGCGAUCCGGGCCGCGCAGCAACGACCGUUCAAGGACAUGGAGUGGCGGGCGAGUGCCAAAGUCGACAAGUUUUACUCGGCGUCCGAUCUGCUCAUCUACCCGUUUGCGAGCAUCCGCUGGGACUGCUUUGCCAAGGCAUAUGUGCUUGCGGUCGGUGACGUCGACCGCAUGCGGCGCUUGCUCGACGGCUACAACAACUUGGCCAAAAUCCUCCAAGACGAAAUCAUUCUCAAACCCUCGGCUAUUGAGUCCUGGCUCCACGACCUCGGUGCGUUGACGUCGCAGCUGCCUCCGACGGGCGCGCUCCCGCAGGCGUGUCGCCGCCUCGAGACCAAGUCGUCGCUCUUGGCCGCGCGCGCCGAACGGCACCGGCGGGCACUCGAGCAGGCGCAAGACGCAGCACGACGGCGGAUCACGGACGCAGACGAUGCGCUGCCGCCCAUGAGCGCCAUGGAACGCCUCAAGUGGGAGUUCAAAAACAAGUAUGGGAUCCUGAGCCCGAACAUGCGCAACAUGAGCCCCGAUAUGGACAAGGUUCGGGCGACGCUCGGGUCCGCACUCGCCAAGACGGUGGCCGCCACGACGUACGUUGCCCAGCAAGCCAAAGACAACAUGGAGAUAUUAAAGCUAUAA